AUGUACCUUAAUGAAGAGAUUGACUUCCUCACUGAAAAAGAUCUAUUUUGCGUGUGGUCAGAACUCGAUAUCGAUUCUGCUCAAUGUUUAAUUAAUAUUGAUCUGAUUUCAAUUAUUCAAGACGAUGAAAAAUUCUUAAGUAAGGAAAGUCGAGAUUAUUUAUUCAAAGAUGGAACGGAAAAGAUUCGACCUAUCCCAGGUUAUUAUGGCACUAUCAAACAUCGGCCUGGUUCAUCUCGAAAAGAUGACUCAUUUUCCAGUGGGGCUUAUGAGGCUUGCCCAUCAGUGUCGAUCAAUGAAUUGAAUGACUAUGAACAACUUGAACACCAGAUUACAACGACAAGAAGAAUUGAUUAUUUUCUCACGCAAUAUUGUUUGGCUUCGACAACUGAUCUUUCUAAUACUAAAAUACGUUUGCUUCAUCAUCUAAGAAUACAUGAAGAACAACUCUAUGAAAUUUUAAUGUAUUUACGUAAUACCUUCGGUGGCACUCUCAAGGAAAAUCUCGACAAGAAUGAAUUGAGUACUUCAGUUUUAAAAAUGCUCGGCAAUUUCAAACCAGUUGGAUAUUAUCGAAUGUGA